AUAAACUUCUACUAUAAAACGGUAAAACCCCUUUAUUCAUCAUUCAAAUUCAUCAACCAACACAAACAAAAACAUAACAAAAUAUACACAAAACAUAUUAUAGUAUGGCAUCAUCAAACUCAAUUGUCUUAGCCUUUUUUCUUCUAGCUACUCUCAUUGCCACUUCUAGAGCUAAUUUCAACAAUGACUUUGCCAUUACUUGGGGUGACGGUCGAGCUAAGAUCUUAAACAAUGGGGAUGAUCUAACCCUCUCCCUAGACAAGUCCUCCGGUUCGGGUUUCCAAUCUACCAACGAGUAUUUGUUUGGUAAGAUUGACAUGCAGUUAAAACUCGUACCUGGUAAUUCUGCUGGUACUGUCACUGCUUACUAUCUAUCGUCGAUGGGGCCUACCCACGAUGAGAUAGAUUUCGAGUUUUUAGGUAAUGUAAGUGGACAACCUUACACUCUUCAUACUAAUGUGUUUGCACAAGGGAAAGGUAACCGCGAAAAACAGUUCCACUUAUGGUUCGAUCCUACCAAAGAUUUCCACACUUACUCAAUUCUUUGGAAUCCCCAAAGAAUAGUUUUCUUAGUUGAUGGAACUCCAAUUAGAGAACACAAGAAUAUGGAAUCAAAGGGAAUCCCAUUCCCUAAGAAUCAACCAAUGAGGAUUUACUCUAGUUUGUGGAAUGCUGAAGAUUGGGCCACCCAAGGUGGGCGGGUCAAGACCGAUUGGGCCCAGGCCCCAUUUACUGCUUCAUAUAGAAACUUUAAAGCUGAUGCUUGUGUUUGGGCUUCCGGGUCAUCUUCUUGCGGGUCGGGCUCAGUACCCAAAUCCGGGUCAGAGUGGUUGACCCAAGAGUUGGAUUCAGCUAGUUUGGAAAGAAUGAGGUGGGCCCAAAAGAAUUACAUGGUUUAUAAUUAUUGUGCUGAUCUUCCAAGAUUUCCUGAGGGUCUCCCUGCUGAAUGCACUGCUACAUCUUAAAUACAAAUAGUCACUCGAAAAAACAAAAUUUGGAUUAAAUUCUUUAUUCUUUGUAGUUGAUUAAUGUAUAAUCUAUGUGGUGUAAAUUCUUUAUUCUUUGUAGCUUGGAUUUCGUGGGGGUAGAUUUUCGUGGGAGGGGGGAUUUUUUCGAGGUGGUGCCUGGAUUUCGUGGGCUGGUGGCCUGGGUUUUGCGGGGCUGGUGGCCUGGGUUUCGAGGGGCUGGUGGGUUUUGUAUAGGUGGCUUUUGUGGGGUGGUUAUUGUGGAGGUAGUGAGUUCUCAUGGGGGUGUUGGUGGGUUUUCGUGAGGGUGUUGGUGGUGGUGGUGGGUUUUCAUGGGGGUUUUGGUGGUGGGCUUUCGUGGGGGUGUAGGUUGGUGGUGGUGGUAGGUUUUCGUGGGGGUGGUGGUGGUGGUGUGAGUGGUGUUGCCGGUGGUGACAGUGGAUGGUUGGUUGGUGUUGGUGUUAGUGUUAGAUCUUCUUUCUCUCUCUUCACCUUAAUUACUUUUUUUUUUUUUUUUUUACAACAAGAAAUUACUUUAAAACGUUUUAUUUGUUUAAAAGGAAAAAGUUUUAUUUAUUUAAAUAUAGCCACAAAAAGAACACAUUUCAUUUAUUCAAACAUGUAGGAAGUUAUAAUUUAGUUGUCACAAAUAUGUUUGUACUCCGAGGCAAGAUUUUGACCUUAGCUUGAAAUUUUAGUGAAUUUUUUUUUAAUAUAAUGACAUUCUCAAUGAAAUAAGUUUAAAAAGAUCAUGCAUAAUUACUUCUUUCUUUUUUUUUUUUUUUUAAUAUAUAUAUUUUAAUUUUUA